UUUUCCAAACAUGAGGUUCCACAACAGCAUCGGAAUGUUCCUCCUCACGGCGUUAAGCGCGUUAACUUCAGUUUCAUCGGCGAGUAACUAUUACUGCGAAGAGCCACUGGUGACAUCCCUACCCCCAGCUUCUUUCCAGAACUCAUCAAAAUUCUCUGACAGAAGGUCACCACACUAUGCUAAACUCAACAGAAGAGAAGGUGGUGGGGGAUGGUCUCCGAAUGGAGGCGACCAACAAUCUUGGCUACAGCUAGACCUACGAGACAGGCUGAAGGUCACAUCCAUUGCUACCCAGGGUCGGUGGGGCAGCUCUGACUGGGUUACUCGGUACCAGCUACAGUACAGUGACUCUGAACAAACCUGGAGACCAUAUAGACAAGAGGAUGUGAUUUGGAGGAAAUCAUCUCACAGAGGUGCCAGUCUGAGCCAAUGUGAGUUGCCAUGCCAGCUGGAGCAGAUGCCAGUGAGUGGUGGGGGAUGGUCUCCGAAUGGAGGCGACCAACAAUCUUGGCUACAGCUAGACCUACGAGACAGGCUGAAGGUCACAUCCAUUGCUACCCAGGGUCGGUGGGGCAGCUCUGACUGGGUUACUCGGUACCAGCUACAGUACAGUGACUCUGAACAAACCUGGAGACCAUAUAGACAAGAGGAUGUGAUUUGGAUAUUUAUAGGAAACAGUGACACAGACACAGUGGUCCAACACAAACUCCCUCACUCAAUCAGAACUCGAUAUAUGCGUAUUUUGCCCCUUGAGGGAAGCCCCAAAGGAGGAAUGGGUCUACGGCUAGAGGUCUAUGGCUGCACAUACAAGUCCGACGUGGCUGACUUCGACGGCCGCAGUGCCUUACUCUACCGGUUCAACCAGAAGUCCACCAGCACAGUGAAAGACGUGAUUUCCCUGAGAUUCAGGAGCCAUCAGGCAGAAGGGGUUCUGGUUCAUGGAGAGGGACAGAGAGGAGAUUUCCUCACUCUGGAGCUUCAGAGAGGAAGACUCAUUUUACAUCUCAAUUUAGAUGAUGCCAAGCCUCAGUCUACUGGUCGUUCAUCUUCUGUCAUGCUAGGAAGUCUGCUGGACGACCACCACUGGCACUCUGUUCAAAUUGAGCGCUUUAACAAACAUGUCAACUUUACAGUGGAUGGACACAUGCAACACUUCCGCAGUCUGGGACAAGAGGACACACUGGAGAUAGACUAUGAGCUCAGUUUUGGAGGAAUCCCUUUGCCUGGUAAGCCUGGGACGUUUCUCCAUGAAAAUUUCCACGGCUGCAUAGAAAACCUCAACUACAAUGGCGUCAAUGUUAUAGACAUGGCAAAAAGACGGAAGCCGCAGAUCUAUACAGUGGGCAACGUGACAUUCUCAUGCUCUGAGUCUUCCUCAGUCACUGUGACAUUCCUCAGUUCCACUGGCAGCUUCCUGAUGCUCCCCGCAGAUUACAGUAUGGAGAGUCUCUCUGUGCGACUGCAGUUCCGCACAUGGAAUCAGGAAGGGCUGCUGUUCUCAGUCCCGCUGUCUCUUGAUCUGGACCCCAUUAACCUGAUUCUGCAGCUCAGCCAGGCUAGGCUACUCCUCUCACUCACUGGAGGGCCACAAAACUCUGCUCAGGUGUUCAGCGGUCAGAAUUUGAGUAAUGGACAGUGGCACUCCAUAGCCAUCGAGGUCAAGGGUCAGAAGGUGUCUUUAACAGUCAACAACCAGAAGCCCGUCACUGUGGAAGUCAGUGGGCUUAUUCAGAACAUGCAAAGAACAAGCAUCUUCAUCGGAGGCUGCCCUUUAUUCCAGAGCGAUUUCAACUGUGAAAACCCCAACAGAGGAUAUCAGGGCUGCCUUCGUUUCCUAUUCAUCAACAACCAUCAAGUUGACGUACUUCAGAUUCAGCAGGAAAACCUGAGCAACUAUAGUCAGAUUAGCUUUGAUGUUUGCAACAUACAAGACAGGUGUUUGCCCAAUCUGUGCGAACACGGUGGUCAAUGCAUCCAGUCAUGGGACCAGUUUUACUGUGACUGUUCUGGAACAGGAUACACGGGAGCCACCUGUCACAACUCAAUAUAUGAGCGAUCCUGUGAGGCCUUCAGGAAAACAGGAAGCCAGUCGAGUGUGUUUACAAUCGACCUUGAUGGGAGCGGACCUCUAGAGCACACUCAAGUCAACUGCACCAUGGCAGGUGUGACCUCAGCAUGUGUGGGGGACUGCCUGGAGAAAUCACACAUCUCAUUAGAAGAUAAAGUUUGGACCGUAGUGGGGCAUGAUCACAUGAGGAUCAUUGACAUUCGAGGAUCCACUCCACGCAGCCCUUUUGUUCUCAUCUUCAACUACACCAUCUCGCCGUACCAUCUCCGCUCGCUUGUGACCUCCUCGGAACACUGCCAACAGGAAGUGAAAUAUCGUUGCAGAAAGUCUCGGCUUUUUGACACCUGGGAUGGAACUCCUCUGUCAUGGUGGCUGGAUAGAGACGGAGUGAAACGAACAUAUUGGGGAGGAUUUCUGCCUGGGGUCCAGCAGUGCUCUUGUAGUUUGGAUGGCAACUGCAGGGACAUGAAUUAUUUCUGCAACUGUGAUGCCGACCAAGACACCUGGGCAAAUGAUACUGGUGUGCUGUCUUACAAAGACCAUUUACCACUUAGUGAGAUCGCCAUUGGAGACACAAACCGGACAAACUCACAGGCCGAGCUCCAAAUUGGACCGCUGCGUUGCUAUGGCAACCGAUUUUUCUGGAGCUCUGCAUCUUUUUACCAGGAAUCCUCCUAUCUGCAUUUCCCCACCCUGCAAGCUGAACUGAGCGUCGAUAUUUCACUCUUUUUCAAAACUAGUGCUCUCUCAGGAGUCUUCUUAGAGAAUCUGGGUGUCAGAGACUUCAUAAGGCUGGAACUUAGUUCUCCCUAUACAGUGAACUUGACUUUUGACCUAGGGGAUGGACCAGUAAUUAUUACCGUUCAGUCACCUGUAGCCCUGAAUGAUCGUCAAUGGCAUUUUAUCCGUGCUGAACGAAAUGUGAAAGAAGCUUCUCUACAGGUUGACUCUCUGCCACUGAAGCUAAAUGAAGCAUCAUCUGAGAGACCCUACCGGCUUCAGCUCAGCAGUCAACUCUUUGUGGGAGGAACAGCUUCUAGACAGAGGGGCUUUCUGGGCUGCUUACGUGCCCUCAUCAUUAACGGGGUGACCCUUGACUUGUAUGAACGUGCAAAGACCACCCCGGGGGUGAAUUCAGGCUGCCCGGGUCACUGCACCAGCGACAGCGUCUGCCAUAACGGAGGGAGAUGUGUCGAAGAGAGGAGCAGUUACACCUGCGACUGCACACAGACAGCCUUCGACGGGCCACACUGCAGAACAGCUCUAGCAGCUUCCUUUGAAAGUGGAUCUUCAGUCCUGUACACUCUCCAGGAGCCAUUUUCCGGAAUACUGAAUGAGGAAGCCAGAAGAUCACCGGCCGGUUUCCAUGACGCAGAAGUUAUCAAAUCUCAAGAGAAGGUGUCGUUUGGAUUCUUGACUCAUCAUGUGCCAGCCUUGAUCCUGACAGCUCACACUCUGGACCAGCACUAUAUGGCUGUUAUGCUAACAUCAAACGGCAGCCUGCAAAUACGAUACUUGUUGAACAAAGAAAAACGAACAGAAAAGUUCAGCCCAGUGUCAUCCACUCUAGCAGACGGACGAUUUCACUGGGUCAAAAUCAAUCGAAAGGGACAGGAGCUUUUUGUCCAGAUUGACAACACAAUAACCCAGCAGUACAGCCUGUCUCCUGGCUCUGCUCUCAGCCCGGCGAGGUCGGUGAUUCUAGGGAGAAUCCAAGGUAGUGACAUUAUUGAUAAGGAGCUGGUCCAGGCUGGAUUGAGAGGGUUUAUUGGCUGCCUGUCCUCCGUGCAGUUUAAUCAGGCUACCCCUCUUAAAGCUUGCGUGAAA